CUCUUCGUCAGCAUGGCCGCUCGGACGCUGCAGGAGCUCGUAGCCGCCGCCGCCUCGCUGCAUCCGGACCGAGUGGCUGUGAAGUAUGACGGCGGCCCGGCGUCCGGCGGCCCGGCGGCGCUGCUGAGGUACCGAGACCUGGUCCAGCGGGCCGACGAGCUGACCCGCCUUCUGCGACAGAACUGCGCCCCCAGUGGCGGGCUGGUGGGGCUGUGCGGGUCCGAUGAUGUGUUCAUACCUGUGUGGAUCCUGGGCAUCCUGCAGUCACCUGCCGCCUACGUCCCUCUGGACCCAGACGCUCCGGGUCUCCUCACUGCUCGCGUGAUCAGGCGCUGUGGCCUCGAGUUCUGCGCUGUGAAGACCGACGUCCUGCAGUCGUUCCGUGCGGCUCUCGUGGAACACGCGUCCGUGCAGGUCCGCGCCGUGCUGCCAAAGUUCAGAGUGACCCUGGUGCGCGUGGAGCUGCUGCCCGUUGCCGAGCAACCAGGACCGACCGGAGGCCGCAGGGCGGGCGGCGCCGGGCUCGUGGACCUGGCCUACGUGAUGCACACCUCUGGGACCACCGGGGAUCCGAAGAUCGUGAGGGUUCCGCACAAGUGCAUCCUGCCCAACAUCCUGCACCUGAGGACUUUGUUUGAGAUGAGCUCAGACGACGUGGUGCUCCUGGCCUCGCCCCUGACCUUUGACCCUUCGGUGGUGGAGAUGUUCCUGGCCUUGUCGUCCGGGGCUCAGCUCCUCGUCGUGCCGACCGUCAUCAAGAAAAUGCCGAGUCGGCUUUCUACGCUUCUGUUUGAGGAAAACAAGACGACUGUGCUGCAGGUCACGCCGACGCUGCUCGGCCGCUUCGGGCGCCGCGCGCUGCGACAGGAAGUGAUGUCGCGCGGCUCCUCGCUGCGCCUGCUGGUUCUGGGCGGCGAGGCCUGUCCGCCCGCGGCUCUGCUGAGGAGCUGGAGGCACCGCGACAACCGCACCCACAUCUACAACGUGUACGGCAUCACCGAGGUGUCCUGCUGGGCGUCGGCCCACAGGCUGCCCGAGGCUCCGCCGCGGGGCCACGACACCUCGCCCUCUGUGCCGCUCGGCGCUCCUCUGAGGGACACCAGGCUGGAGGUGAGGGACGAGCGCGGCCGCGUCGUCACCGAGGGCGAAGGCCAGGUGUUCAUAGUGACCUCGGCGUUUGUCUUCGUGGGUCCGUAUGACGCAGGCGGGGGGGAGCGAGUGUGUCUGCUGGACGACGAGGAGGCGGCGGUCGCCGGGACGAUGAGGGCCUCCGGAGACUGGGUGGAGGUCAGGGACACGCAGAUGUUCUUCCUGGGGCGGAGGGACCGGCUGGUGAAGCGCCACGGGAAGCGGGUGAGCCUGGACGGCGUGCAGCAGCUUCUGUGCGGCCUGCCUGAGGUGGAGGCCUGCGCCGUGGUCCUGCACGGGCCCGUCCGGCUGCUCGCCUUCGUCGUGGCGUCCGCAGCCGGGGGCCAGCAGGGGGAGGAGCCGCGGCCCCCCCGCGGAGCGGACGGCGAUCUGAGCCGACUCAUCCUGAGCCGUCUGUCCCUGCUGCUGCCGCCGCACAGCGUCCCCGACACGCUGGUUCUGGUCCCGGCCCUGAGCCCGACUCGCCACGGUAAAGUGGACGUGACGGCGCUGAUGGAGACGUACGGGACACGGAGACGCUCUUCAUCCCGGUUGGAUCCCAGCGAGCUGAAGCUGACCCUUCGGUCCUUGUGGCAGGAAGCUCUCGCUCUCCCCGAGGACGCGGCCGUGGACGAGGAGUCCAACUUCCUGUUGAGCGGCGGAGACUCUCUGAAGGCGCUGCGGCUGCACGAAGACGUCCUCGCCGCCGCGGGAGCGACCUCGCCGGAGCUCCUGGACGUCAUACUGGGCGGGACCUUCUCCGACAUUCUGCGGCACGUCGAGGGGGCGGCGCCGGCGGGCGAGAAACGCCGCGGCGACGAGGGGGGGACACGAGGGGAGGAGACGGGGGCUGUUAAAGUUCCAAGACGAGAGCCGGAAGUCGUGGACCCACGUGGAAACACGCCCGGCGAGGGAGGGGGGGGGCGAGCUCUGGGCCUGGAGCUGAGCUGGUCCUCGGACACGGGCCGCUGCGUGGACGCCUCCCCGGUGAUCCUGGCGCACGGCGGCGCCGACCCGGGGGCCGGGGGCCGCGAGGCGACCGUGUUCAUCGGCUCCCACUCUCACAGGAUCCAGGCGUUAGACCUGACCGGUGGGGGCCUCCUGUGGGAGCGAGUCCUCGGGGGCCGAAUCGAGGCCUCGGCCGCCGUGUCCCGCUGCAGGAGCCUCGUGGUCAUAGGUUGCUACGACGGCUGUGUGUAUUUCCUGUGCGUCGCGACUGGGAAGACGCGGUGGACUUUCCAGACGGGAGACGCUGUGAAGAGCCGCCCCGCCGUGGACCCCCCCACGGGUCUGGUGGUGGUGGGCUCGCACGACGGACACGUCUACGCCCUGGACCCCGAGGAGGAGCGGUGUGUUUGGAGGCGGAGCUGUGGGGGCGGAGCCGUGUUUUCCUCGCCGUGCCUCCACCCGUCACUCAGAAAGCUGUACGCCGCCUCGCUGGGGGGUCGUUUGCUCUGUCUCUGCCCUGACAGCGGCGAGGUUCUGUGGUCGCACCGAGGCGACGCCCCGUUCUUCUCCUCGCCAGACGCCUCCUCUGGUCAGGUGGUCAUCGGAUCGGUGGACGGAAACAUCUGCUGCUUCAGCCACACGGGGGCGCCGGUCUGGCGGUUUCUAACCGGCGGUCCGGUCUUCUCCUCGCCGUGCGUGACCCCGGACCGCCGCCGGGUCCUGUGUGGGUCACAUGACGGCCGCCUGCACUGCCUGAGCCUCGCCGACGGCUCUCCGGUUUGGAGCUUCCUCACCGCGGGGAAGGUGUUCUCUGGGCCGCGCGUGUUUGACGGCGGCGGCGGCGGCGGCGGCGCCGAGGGGGGAGGGGCCCUGGUGGCCCUGACCUCCACCGACGGCACGGUGUGGAUCCUGGACGCGGGGCGGGGGGGACCGGCGCUGGCCCGGUUCCGCCUGCCGGGGGAGCUGUUCUCCACCCCGGCGGUGCACGGGGGCUCCCUGGUGGUCGGUUGCCGUGACGACCGCGUGUACUGUUUGAACUUGAAGGAGGAGACGGGGGGCGGAGCUUUGAUCAAAGAUGAUGAAGAAAUAAACAACGAGUCGUCGGGUUCAGACAUCAGAAUUUAAUUUACAUUAUUCAGAACAUUUUCUGUCCCAAACGAACGAUUCCAAACGAAUGAGCUCUGACAUCACACACAGACCACUGA